AUGGCCAUCGGUAGCCUUCGAGAGAAUCAAGUCCGCGAGAUAUUCAAGUUGGGCAAAGAUCGAGUUAUGGAUAUCUCUAUCUAUAAGGCGACAAUAGUGCCCGAGGCUGUCAAGCGGUCGCUUAACAAGGUGACCAGGGCGACCGGGGUGGGCCGUCCCCAGGUCGAGCCCUUCGCCUGGACCCUGGUCAGCCUGAUGCUUAUAGAAGCCAUCUGUGAGCAGUCUGGAUAUAACGGGGAUGGGGAUGACGACAAACGCCUAGAUGUGAGGCGAACGGCGACACAUGAGGAUAGGGUAGAAUGGUCCGAGUGA